GCGAACGGUUGUUUUUAUCGAAUAAAAUCUCAACAAAGGAGCGAAAAUCAUGGCAUCAGAUGACGAAUUGGAAAGACGGCUAUUGGAAGAAGAGCCAAGCGGUAUGAAAGAAGCGACACCACCAGGGAUAGCAAUGCCAGAAGUGUUGGCUAGUCUCGUCGACAAAGUAGAGAAAAUGUCAAGCAAAAUUAUCAACAUGGACAGUUCCAUUAAACGGUUGCAGUCCGACAGUCAGGAUCCUUGCUUGAACGAAGGACCAAGCAAAAAACGACGUGUAACUUCACUAAUGGAAAUAGACAAAGGUUACACUGUCGGUGAUGCAGAAGGAUUGCAUCGAGAAAGUGAACCUGAUGCCGACUCGGCAAAUGAAGGUAGUAUAAGCGCCACAUGUGUUCGACGCGAACAUGACGCUCUGCUACAAGAAAUCUCGCACGACUUGGAGCAAGAAGAGGAGGUUGGCGAAAAUAUAAACCAGCAACUUGCUGAUAUUGUCAACAAACGAUGGUCAAACAAGCUCCCAGAAGCAAAACAAAAAGAAAAAAUGGAAAAGUAUUCAAGACCAAGUAAUUGUGAAAAAUUUAUUGUCCCUCGCGUUAACGCUGAGAUAUGGGACAAGCUUGACAAUAAGACCAAGCACAACGACCUUCGCACUGCUAACACGCAGAAAACAAUAGCGAAGGUUGGCGCCGUACUGUCUUUCACGACAGACAAAUUGCUACAAAUACGUAGUAAAGAAUCACCAGACGUUGAUAAACUGAUCACAAUGAAUACCGAUGCCUUGGCACUUCUUGGCCACACAAUGUGUGAACUAUCAAUGCGUCGACGCGACGCUAUUAGGCCAAAUUUAAGCAAGGAUUAUAGCAGCCUUUGUGCAUCACAUGUGCCAGUAACGACUUACUCGUUUGGGGAUAACCUUCAAACACAACUAAAUGAUAUUAGGGCAUCGAACAAGAUCAGCAAGGCAACAGUGCCUCAAAGGUUUGAUAAGGUCAGGCAGUAUGGCCGCCCUCACUCUCAUGGUACCAACAAUUCCUCCUCACAGGGAAAACCAAGAAAGAACCAUUUUUUAUCCAACAAUCUGAAUUGGAAGAAACACCCACCAAGGUCGACAUACCCAUCGAAAAAGCCAUCAACCUUUCCAGUCAAGCAGCAACAAUACCAGUAAUGGCCAAUAGUGAAAGAAACAAAAAUAUCAUGACAAACUUACAGUCAGGUGCUACAAAAGAUUCAAAAAGAGAAGUCGGAGGGACUGCUUAUUAUACCAAAGUGGCCAACCCAAUCCUGGUGGCCAGUAGCAAUGAAUGCUGAUGCAGUCACCAAUCUUGCUACCACAAACACCAUCAACACUAAUUCUUCCCAGCAACCCAUUGGAGAAACAUCCUCUUCACGAGAAAUUAGUGCUAGUAGUGUGUCACUUAUCAGGAAACAGUUCAAAGACCGAGGACUUUCGACAACAGCUGUGGAAGUCCUGGAAUCAGCAUGGAGAGCAGGCACACGAAAGCAAUAUGAAGGGCAUUUGGAAAGAUGGAGACAAUAUUGUUAUCAACGGCAUAUCAAUCCCUUUUCUCCCACUGUAGAAGAAGGGAUAAACUUCCUUGCGGAGUUGUUCAAAAAAGGGCUUGGGUACAGUGCACUAAAUACUGCAAGGAGUGCGCUAUCAUCGAUAGCAAGUUUAUCAGAUAUUACUAGUUUUGGAACACACCCACUGGUUUGCAGAUUCCUUAAAGGAGUCUUCGAAAAUCGUCCAGCCUUACCAAGGUACACCUGAAUUUGGGAUGUACGAAUAGUGCUAGAAUACUUAAAAACCAUGCAGCCAAAUGAAACUUUGACACUGAAAAAGCUAACACUUAAACUGACCAUGAUGUUAGCCCUUAUCUCUGCUCAAAGGUGCCAAACCCUUAAAGCCUUAUCACUGGACAAUAUAUCUCGGGAGGAUGAUAAGUAUGUAUUGACCUUCGACCAAUUGUUAAAAACAUCUCGGCCUGGGAAACACCUAAAGCCUUUCAUAGUUAAGAAAUAUGACCCAGAUGCAACACUUUGUCCAUUCAAACUCCUUACUGAGUACAUUGAAAGAACAAAAACUAUUAGAAGUAAUUCCAAACAGUUGUUAAUUUGUUUCCAAAAACCGUUUAAUGUAGCAAGCACGGA